AUGAAGGAUAAGCCCAAGUACGAGCCGCCGCCAAGGCCUACAACGCGAGUUGGUCGCAAGAAGAGAAAGGCCGGUGGCACCAGCGCCGCACAGAAGCUUCCCGCCGUCUACCCUACUAGCCGAUGCAAGCUUCGACUCUUGCGAAUGCAGCGAAUCCACGACCAUCUCUUGCUUGAGGAGGAAUACGUCGAGAACCAAGAGCGUCUGCGAAAGGCCAAGGCAGCCAAGGAGGGCCAAACCGCUGGCACCGAUGCCGACGUUGACCGAUUAGCAGACGAGCGUGGCCGUGUUGACGAUAUGCGAGGAAGCCCCAUGGGCGUUGGAACUCUGGAAGAGCUCAUUGACGACGACCACGCCAUCGUCAGCAGCACAACCGGUCCUGAGUACUACGUCAGCAUCAUGAGCUUUGUCGACAAGGAUCUUUUGGAGCCUGGUGCCAGCGUACUUUUGCACCACAAGAGCGUCAGCAUUGUUGGUGUUUUGACGGACGAUGCCGACCCUAUCGUCAGUGUGAUGAAGCUCGAUAAGGCGCCAACCGAGUCAUACGCCGAUAUUGGUGGUUUGGAGCAACAGAUUCAGGAAGUCAGAGAGUCAGUGGAGUUGCCACUACUCCACCCUGAGCUAUACGAGGAGAUGGGUAUCAAGCCCCCCAAGGGCGUUAUCCUCUACGGUGCUCCCGGUACUGGAAAGACACUAUUGGCCAAGGCUGUUGCCAACCAAACAUCUGCUACUUUCCUACGUAUAGUGGGUAGUGAGCUUAUCCAGAAGUAUCUUGGUGACGGACCUCGACUUGUCCGACAACUCUUCCAGGUUGCUGGCGAAAACGCACCCUCUAUUGUCUUUAUCGACGAAAUCGACGCUAUUGGUACGAAGCGAUACGACUCGACAUCAGGCGGUGAACGAGAAGUCCAACGAACUAUGCUUGAGCUUCUCAACCAGCUGGACGGUUUCGAUGACCGUGGUGACGUCAAGGUCAUUAUGGCCACCAACAAGAUCGAUACCCUGGAUCCCGCUUUGAUUCGACCUGGACGUAUCGACCGAAAGAUUCUAUUCGAGAACCCCGAUCAGAACACCAAGCGCAAGAUCUUCACCCUCCACACUUCAAAGAUGAGCCUUAACGACGAUGUUGAUCUUGAAGAAUUCAUCUCCCAAAAGGACGAUCUUUCCGGUGCCGACAUCAAGGCCAUCUGCUCCGAGGCUGGUCUGCUGGCCCUUCGAGAGCGAAGAAUGCGGGUGCAGAUGGCGGAUUUCCGAUCGGCACGUGAGAGAGUGCUCCGUACAAAGCAGGAGGGCGAGCCAGAGGGUCGGCAAAUUGCCCUAGGACUCGAUGCAGAGUAG